CCCGGCGGCGGCAGCAGGGCCCCGACGUAGCGUGGCGGCGCGGCAGCCCGGUCCCGCGGGCGGAGGAUGGCGUGUCGCGGCGGCUGCUGCUGCUCCAGCGCGGGUCGCCUGAACGCGGACAACGCGCGGUUCCUCCUGCUGGCGGUGCUGAUCGUGCUGUAUAUGCUGUGCGGCGCCGCCGUCUUCUCGGCCAUCGAGCUGCCCACGGAGCGGGAGGCUAAGGAGCUCUGGGAGGAACGGCUCGAGAACUUCACCCGGCGCCACAACCUCAGCCGUGCCGAGCUCCGGCACUUCCUUCGGGAAUACGAGGAGGCGAGCGUAGCCGGCAUCCGCGUCGAUGACAUCCGGCCCCGAUGGGAUUUCACCGGCGCUUUCUACUUCGUGGGCACCGUCGUUUCUACUAUCGGGUUUGGUAUGACCACCCCCGCCACCGUUGGAGGCAAAAUUUUUCUGAUAUUUUACGGCCUUAUAGGAUGUGCAGGGACCAUUUUGUUCUUUAACCUGUUCCUGGAGCGCUUGAUCACUGUCAUAGCUUACGUCAUGAAGUCCUGCCACGAAAGACAGCUGAGGAGGAAAGGGGUUCUCCCUCACAACGGCCGGAGGGGCUCAGGGACCUCUGAGGUGGACAGCCUGGCGGGCUGGAAGCCCUCCGUGUACUAUGUUAUGCUGAUUUUAUGUGUAGCAUCCCUCAUCAUUUCCUGCUGUGCCUCUGCAAUGUACACACCGAUUGAAGGGUGGAGUUACUUUGACUCACUUUACUUCUGCUUUGUGGCCUUCAGCACCAUUGGUUUUGGUGAUCUGGUCAGUAGCCAGAACAUCAGGUAUGAGAGCCAAGGUCUUUACCGCUUUGGCAACUUUGUCUUCAUACUCAUGGGGGUAUGCUGCAUCUAUUCCUUAUUUAAUGUGAUCUCUAUUGUCAUCAAGCAGUCCAUAAACUGGAUAUUAAAGAAGUUGGCCUGCAAGUGCUGCCACAGAUGCCAAAGAAGAUUAUUUCAUUCACGGAGGAAUGUAGUAAUGCCAGGAAAUGUGCGCAGCCGGAGAAACAUCUCCAUCGAGACUGACGUUGUCAAUGAGAGUGACACGGACGGACGCCGUCUGUCAGGAGAGAUGAUCUCCAUGAAAGACUUCCUGGCCUCCAAUAAAGUCUCACUGGCCAUCAUGCAGAAACAGCUGUCAGAAACUGCUAAUGGGUAUCCAAGGCAAAUGAGCUCUAAUUCAAAGCAAAAUGGAUUCUCUGGUGGGGUUGGAGCUCUAGCAAUUAUGAAUAACAGACUGGCAGAGACAAGUGUGGAUAGGUAAAAUAAUAACAGUAAUAACAGUGAAACAGUACGAACCAUUUCAACACAUAUUGAAACAACAUGAUUCAAGUGAAAUAGCUAGGGAGAGAGUGCCACCAGAGGGUGGGAUCAUGUGAAGAGCAUACCUCCUGAUGGAAGACCUCUUGACUUUUUUGGGGGCUGUCACUUAAUGCUUUUGCGUUGCACCAGUCCCAGCCUUUCUUCUUCCCCAUCAUUCUGCUCCUCACGCAGGUUACUGCAGGAGGAUUUUAAUUUAGUCUUCAGAUAAAAUUUCCAUGUCCUGUUCUUUUCUUCUCCGUUUAUGUGAAAUACAGAUGUCAGGAUAAGAAAUCUGUGGGAUGGGAAGAAACCAAGUGUGUCUACUGAAAAUAUUCUUAAUUCAGAGAGUGUUUGGAGCUUUCUGUCUUACUCUCAUCAUGCCUGUUUCCUGGAAGUAACUUAUCUGAGUCCAAAAGAUGAAUCAGCCUUUGUGAUAUUGCAGAUCUAAUUUGAUAGAAAAUAGUAUGAAAGGUGGUAGGUAUAUUCUGGAGCUAUUAUAUUGUGAAUGAGGAGAGAAUUUUGCCUUUAGAAUUUAUUUAGUCUUUCCUAUAAGAGGAUACUGUCAAAAGUGAUAGAAUAAAAGUUUAUCCUACUUUUGUUUUAUUUUCUUCAUUUGCAAAACAUGAUUUUUUUCAAGGACACUUCUUCUUCUAGAAUUGAAUCACUGUGUCUUUCUGUUUCAAAAAAGUCAAAUUAAAUUGAAAAUUGACAUA